CUCACCGAGCCAACUCGACGCCAUUGUUGAAGCACUCGUGAGCUCCACUUACUCAGUGCUGCAGCUCACGGGAACAAGUUCCUAGUCGAAGCAGCCGCGUCUUCCUUCCUCGUAGCUCGCGACUCAGUUGCCAACUCGGGAAUGGCUUCUUCGGAAGCUGAUUCCCGUCUGAACCCGGUUGUCGUCCCUGCACUCGAGAAAAUCAUCAAGAACGCGUCGUGGAGAAAGCACGCGAAACUCGCUCGCGAGUGCAAAUCCGUCAUCGAAACUCUCACCUCGUCGCAGAACCUCAAAUCGCCACCUUCCAAUGACGCCGCCGAGCCCGAGGCUUCGGUUCCAGGCCCGCUCCACGACGGUGGCCCCGUCGAUUACUCACUAGCCGAGUCCGAAUUGAUCCUCGGCCCUCUCAUUACUGCCGCCAGCUCCGGCGUCUUGAAGAUCGCCGAUCCUGCCGUCGACGCCGUCCAGAAACUCAUCUCCCAUGGCUACCUCCGUGGCGAGGCGGACGCCGCCGGAGGUUGCCCCGAGGCGAAGCUGCUGGCAAGCCUGAUUGAAUCGGUGUGCAAGUGCCACAACUUGGGCGAUGACGCCAUGGAACUGCUGGUGCUGAAGACGCUCUUGUCCGCGGUAACCUCGUUUUCAUUGAGAAUUCAUGGUGAUUGCUUGCUUUUGAUUGUGAGGACUUGUUAUGAUAUAUAUAUUGGUAGCAAGAAUGUGGUGAAUCAGACGACGGCAAAGGCGUCGUUGAUUCAGAUGAUGGUGAUUGUGUUUAGGAGGAUGGAGGCAGAUUCGUCCUCGGUUCCAAUUCAGCCCAUUGUGGUGUCUGAAUGGAUGGAGCCAGUGGAAAAAUCUGAUGUGGAUAACUCGAUGACACAGUUUGUGCAGAGUUUUAUCACCAAGAUUAUGCAGGAUAUUGAUGGGGUUUUGAACCCACCUAUGCCGAGUAAGGUUUCGGCAUUGGGUGGGCAUGAUGGUGCCUUUGAGACCACGACGUCGGUGGAGACCACAAAUCCGGCGGAUUUGUUGGAUUCCACUGACAAGGACAUGUUGGAUGCCAAGUAUUGGGAGAUCAGUAUGUACAAGACAGCCUUAGAGGGUAGGAAAGGGGAGCUUGUGGAUGAGGAGGGGAUCGAGAGGGAUGAUGAUUUGGAGAUUCAGAUUGGGAAUAAGCUGCGGAGGGAUGCAUUUUUGGUGUUCAGGGCUCUUUGUAAAUUGUCUAUGAAGACGCCCCCCAAGGAGGCAUCUGCUGAUCCACAGUUGAUGAAGGGGAAGAUUUUGGCUUUGGAGUUGUUGAAGAUUUUGCUCGAGAAUGCUGGAGAUGUCUUCAGGACUAGUGAAAGGUUUUUAGGUGCCAUCAAGCAGUACUUAUGUUUAUCAUUGUUGAAGAACAGUGCUUCAACUCUUAUGAUCGUUUUUCAGCUAUCAUGUUCCAUUCUCAUCAGUCUGGUAUCAAGAUUUAGAGCUGGAUUGAAAGCAGAAAUUGGAGUCUUUUUCCCCAUGAUUGUUCUCAGGGUUCUAGAAAAUGUUGCUCAACCUAAUUUUCAGCAAAAGAUGAUAGUGCUUCAUUUUCUAGAAAAGCUUUGUGUUGAUUCACAGAUAUUUGUAGACAUUUUUAUCAACUAUGACUGUGAUGUCAAUUCAUCAAACAUAUUUGAGAGGAUGGUCAAUGGACUUCUUAAAACUGCCCAAGGUGUCCCUUCUAGUGUAAUGACCACAGUUUUGCCACCUCAAGAGGCAAUACUAAAACUUGAAGCCAUGAAAUGCUUGGUUGCUAUUUUGAAGUCAAUGGGAAACUGGAUGAACAAACAAUUGCGUAUUCCAGAUCCUCAUUCAGCAAAGAAAGCUGCAGCAGUUGAUAAUAGCCAUGAAGCUGGAGGUCUUCCCACAGUAAAUGGGAAUGCAGAAGAGCCAGUUGAAGGAUCAGACACUCAUUCUGAAAUCUCAAAUGAGGCAUCUGAUGUUUCAAAUAUUGAGCAACGCCGGGCUUAUAAACUGGAACUUCAGGAAGGUAUAUCACUUUUUAAUAGGAAGCCUAAGAAAGGAAUUGAAUUCCUCAUCAAUGCCAACAAAGUGGGUAAUUCACCAGAGGAUAUAGCUGCUUUUCUUAAAGAUGCGUCUGGGUUGAACAAGACUUUGAUUGGUGAUUAUCUGGGAGAAAGGGAAGAAUUAUCCUUGAAAGUAAUGCAUGCCUACGUGGAUUCUUUUGAAUUUAAAGGGAUGGAGUUUGAUGAGGCUAUCAGGGUCUUUCUUCAAGGAUUUAGACUGCCUGGUGAGGCACAGAAAAUUGAUCGAAUCAUGGAAAAGUUUGCCGAGCGUUAUUGGAAAUGUAAUCCAAAAGUCUUUUCUAGUGCUGACACAGCAUAUGUUCUUGCAUAUUCUGUGAUACUGCUGAAUACUGAUGCUCACAAUCCCAUGGUGAAGAACAAGAUGUCUGCUGAUGAUUUCAUAAAAAACAAUCGUGGCAUAGAUGAUGGAAAAGAUGUACCAGAGGAAUACUUGAGGUCCUUGUUUGAGAGAAUUUCUAGAAAUGAGAUCAAAAUGAAAGACGUUGAUCUGGCACCCCAACAAAGACAGGCUGUGAACCCUAACAGACUUUUAGGCUUGGAUAGCAUAUUGAAUAUUGUGAUCCGUAAGCGUGGGGAAGACAAUCAUAUGGAGACCAGUGAUGAUCUAAUCCGACAUAUGCAAGAACAAUUUAAAGAAAAAGCUCGCAAAACUGAGUCAGUCUAUUAUGCAGCAACUGAUGUGGUAAUCCUUAGAUUCAUGAUUGAGGUGUGCUGGGCACCGAUGUUAGCUGCCUUCAGUGUUCCUCUUGAUCAAAGUGAUGAUGAAGUUGUAAUAGCUUUGUGUCUUGACGGCUUCCGCUAUGCUAUUCAUGUUACUUCUGUAAUGUCCAUGAAGACUCAUAGAGAUGCUUUUGUGACUUCAUUAGCAAAGUUUACUUCCCUGCAUUCUCCUGCUGAUAUAAAGCAGAAAAAUGUAGACGCAAUCAAGGUGAUAGUUACUAUUGCUGAUGAGGACGGGAAUUACUUACAAGAAGCUUGGGAGCAUAUCUUGACCUGUGUUUCCCGAUUUGAGCAUCUACAUCUUCUUGGAGAGGGGGCUCCACCAGAUGCCACAUUCUUUGCUUUUCCUCAGAAUGAUUCUGAAAAUGUAAAGCAGGUGAAAUCAACUAUCCUUCCUAUUUUGAAGAAGGGACCUGAGAGGAUGCAGUAUGCAGCUGCCACGGUGAUGCGGGGUUCAUACGAUAGUGCUGGAAUUGGCUCUAAUGCUUCUGGGGCCAUCACAUCAGAACAGGUGAACAAUCUAGUGUCUAAUUUGAAUAUGCUGGAACAAGUUGGUAGCUCAGAAAUGAAUCGCAUAUUCACUCGGAGUCAGAAGUUGAACAGUGAGGCCGUAAUAGAUUUUGUUAAGGCUUUAUGCAAGGUCUCCAUGGAGGAACUGAGAUCCCCGUCUGAUCCACGGGUGUUCAGCCUUACAAAGAUAGUUGAGAUUGCGCACUAUAAUAUGAACCGUAUCAGGCUUGUGUGGUCAAGCGUCUGGCAUGUUCUCUCAGAUUUCUUUGUAACCAUUGGCUGUUCUAGAAACCUUUCAAUUGCAAUUUUUGCAAUGGAUUCCUUGCGUCAGUUGUCAAUGAAAUUUCUUGAGCGGGAAGAGUUGGCUAAUUAUAAUUUUCAAAAUGAAUUUAUGAAGCCUUUCGUCAUUGUUAUGCGAAAGAGUAGCGCUGUUGAAAUUAGAGAACUUAUUAUCAGAUGUGUUUCUCAAAUGGUUUUAUCUCGUGUCAACAAUGUCAAAUCAGGAUGGAAGAGCAUGUUCAUGGUAUUCACAACAGCAGCAUAUGAUGACCACAAAAACAUUGUACUCUUGGCUUUUGAAAUUAUUGAGAAAAUUAUUCGAGAUUACUUUGCAUACAUCACUGAAACUGAAACCACCACCUUUACAGAUUGUGUGAAUUGUCUAAUUGCAUUCACCAAUAGUAGGUUUAACAAAGAGAUUAGCCUAAAUGCCAUUGCUUUUCUUGAAUUCUGUGCAACAAAACUAGCAGAAGGAGAUCUUGGCUCUUCGUCAAGGAAUAAAGACAAGGAAACUUUUGGAAAGAUUUCUGCACCUUCACCUCGACGAGGAAAAGAGGGAAAAAUUGAUAAUGGAGAGGUGACAGACAAGGAUGAUCAUCUCUAUUUGUGGUUUCCUUUAUUGGCUGGUUUGUCUGAGCUUAGCUUUGACCCUAGGUCUGAGAUAAGGCAGAGUGCCUUGCAAGUCCUGUUUGAAACCUUACGCAACCAUGGCCGCCACUUUUCACUACCUUUAUGGGAAAGAGUAUUUGAAUCAGUCCUAUUUCGAAUAUUUGAUUAUGUUCGUCAUUCUAUUGAUCCUUCAGGGAGUAGCUCACAGGUCAAUGAAGUAGAGACUGACGGUGAGCUUGAUCAAGAUGCAUGGCUUUACGAGACAUGCACAUUAGCCCUCCAAUUGGUGGUAGAUCUUUUUGUUAACUUUUAUAACACAGUCAAUCCACUUUUAAGAAAGGUGCUCAUGCUCCUUGUAAGCUUUAUACAGCGCCCUCAUCAAAGCCUGGCUGGCAUUGGUAUUGCCGCAUUUGUUCGUCUGAUGAAUAAUGCUGGGGAGCUGUUUUCUGAUGAGAAUUGGUUAGAAGUGGUUUUCUCACUAAAAGAAGCAGCAAAUGCAACAGUCCCUAACUUUUCAUUCCUUGACAGUGGGGAGUUUGUGAAUAGAAAUCAUGAACAUGCUUCAACAGAUAAAGUUGACAGGGAUCCUGCUGAAUCUGGCUCACCUGAUAAUUUAGAAAGCCUGAGGACUCGUCGACUUUAUGCAUAUUUAUCUAAAGCAAAAUGCCGAGCUGCUGUUCAACUUUUAUUGAUUCAGGCGGUGAUGGAGAUCUAUAACAUGUACCGUUCUCAACUUUCAGCAAAAUCCACACUAGUCCUGUUUGAUGCUUUGCAUGAUGUGGCAUUACAUGCUCACAAGAUUAACAGCAAUGUUAUUUUACGUUCAAAGUUACAAGAGUUUGCCUCUAUGACCCAAAUGCAAGACCCUCCACUUUUACGCCUUGAGAAUGAGUCCUACCAAAUAUGCCUCACAUUUUUAGAGAACCUAGUUGUGGACAGGCCUCCUAAUUAUGAGGAGGCUGAGGUUGAGACUCAUCUCGUUCAGCUUUGUCAGGAGGUCUUGGAGUUUUAUAUUGAAGUUACAGCUUCUGGAAGAGUAUCUGAAUCUUCUUAUGGUAGACAGCAACAUUGGUUGAUUCCUCUAGGCUCUGGGAAGCGAAGAGAAUUGGCUGCACGUGCGUCGCUUGUUGUAGCUACACUUCAGGCUAUUUGUAAUUUGGGAGAUAUUAAUUCCGAGAAGAACAUGGCUCAUUUUUUCCCUCUUCUCUCAAGCUUGAUAAGUUGCGAACAUGGCUCAACUGAGGUCCAAGUGGCUCUCAGUGAUAUACUUAGUUUAUCAGUUGGUCCUGUUUUGCUACGUUCAUGUUGAUGAUCUCUUGGGAAAAGAUUGACUCGGCAUUUUGAGAUGUAGAAUAUUUUUGUCUAAAUCUUUUUGUUCAUAUUUUCCUCCUCUCCUUUAACUUGGAUACAGAAAUAUAGUGUGAUAAUGUGUGGGAAGUUACUAGUGAUUUUGAGUAUAGAUAAUUCUAGAAGCCGAGGUUUUCCAAUCAGAAUUUAUCUGUAUAACCAGGAGGUUUAAUGUUGUAUGCUUUAGUUUAUGAAAAG